GUCGUUGUUAAAAUCAACAAAAAUUCGGAAUCACAGUUAAACUAGUCUUUUUUGCCUAAUAGGUUAUGUUUUGGAGCUUAAAUAAGGCAUGAAAUGAACCAACGAUGUACAUCAAAGUGAAUUUUGUUAUUUUAUGGACAGUUUUGAUCGUCAAAGGACAAGAAUCCACAGGGACGUUUUGGCAAAUAACUGAUAUACAUUUGGACCCUUUCUACAGUGAAGAUGGCCAAGUAGGCAACCUCUGUCACAAAACUAGCAGCUAUACAAUCAGAAAAGCUAGCAGCGAUCCAAAAAGUAAAUCUAGGAGCCAUGGAAAUACUAAUGAAAAUGAGCCUGAGAGACCAGGCAUGUUUGGUACUUAUGGUUGUGAUUCGCCAAGUAUUCUGGUAGAUUCAGCUGUACAUGCUAUGAAGCAGUUCAAAUCUGAUGCAGAUUUUAUCGUUUGGACUGGGGACAACAUUGGCCAUGUUGGUUCAAUAUCAUCACUUGAGAUAAACAAGAUGAUUCGUAACAUAACUGAUCUUAUACAAUACAAUUUCCCGAAUGCUGAUAUCUUCCCAGUUCUUGGCAAUCAUGAUAGCGUUCCAUAUGGACAACUCCCUGUGAAGAAGAAGGAUCCGUUCUAUGCCAAAAUCCUAAGGCAGUCUGGAUGGGGCAAGACCUUCAAUGAUACAGAUGUGGUUAAAGAUUUUAAAUCAGGUGGUUAUUAUAGCCGUCUUAUCAACCCAGCUCUUCGACUUGUUGGCUUAAACACUGCCCUCUAUUACAAUCAAGACGAACUGUCUGAAGGAAUAGAUGAUCCAGUUGGGCAAUUCAAGUGGCUUGCUGAAACAUUAGAAAAAGCUAAAUCCAGUGGUGAGAAGGUGAUGAUAAUAGGUCAUGUGCCCCCUGGAACAAUGGAGAGAGUAAGAGACUUGGCCUUCUACUAUCCUGACUUCAACAAAAAGUUUCUCAACUUAGUGACUGACUACCUUGAUGUUAUUGUCACACAGGUGUUUGGGCAUAUCCACUUGGACUCAUUCAGAUUAUACUUUGGAGAUGAUGGUAUUCCAAAGGGUUCACUAUUUCUGGGUCCUUCAGUGACUUCAUUUCGCGCUUAUGCUCCAACGGCUGUUCCAAACAAUCCAUCCGUGAGGCUCUACACGUAUAACAGGGACACUGGCGAGAUCCUUGACAUCCACCAGUAUUACUUGGACCUCGCCAAAGCCAAUGAAAAAAAAUCGGCUGAGUGGCUCCUGGAAUAUCAGGCCACAAAGGCUUAUAACAUUCCUGAUUUAUCACCUAAAUCUCUAGAUUUAUUGCUGCAGAGCUUUAAAAAGAGGAAAAGUGAGCGUUUUUCUAAGUACUAUAAAUACAAUGCAGUGUCAUAUGAUACUGGUAUACCAUGUGUGCGAAAUGCAUGCAAAGCUACUCAUAUUUGCUCAAUUAGUCACCUUGAUUAUGAUGAAUAUAACAAGUAUUUUGAAUCAAGUCUCUCCUCAGAAGAACGAUCGGUGGACACCUCGAGGAACAAAUUGAACCACUCAAUGGAAUUGGAAAAAUUACCCGUUUUUCACUCCAACAAUAUACAUUCCUUUGGACAAGUCCUAAUGGCAGUAAAUAUUCCGGAAGAGGCUUCCACUGGACAGUCAACUCUUGAUAGCAGCACACCUCAUCCACACCAUCACCAUCACCACCAAAAACAUGUGCCUGGUUACAUGGUGAUUGUAAUUAUUGCACUGGUAGUCAUUGUGAUCAUACUCUUUACGAUUGUUACAUUGAUGUGCAUGCACAACCGUAGAGCAUACUUGGCUGGUCCUAGAUAUGUUCUUGUUAAACCUUCUCACCAAAGUUAUGGGUCUAUAAUGGAUGCCUAGAAUACCCUUAAAUUGACCUGUUUCAUUAACAUUAUGCAUAUAAAUCUUGUAUAAUGCCCUUCAAAAGGCAACCAUUGAGAAUUUUUGAACCAGUCAUCUGUAUUAUUUUUUUUAGUUUCAUACUUUCACAAAAAAGUUGAAAAAUGUCAUUUGAACAUUUAAUUGAAAUAUUUU